AUGCUGGCUUCUCCCUAUGAAGAAAUUCGGAAUACCUCUGGACACGCCUUGCCCCGGACUGAAGUGACUGAUGUCUCACUGCUAUGGAAGGUGGUAGCAGCCUGCUUUGCGGCUUUGCAGCUGGUCGGGUAUAUGAUGGUGGCUCUGGUAGCUGGCUCCCCUCCCCAUGAGUUGCGAAUCAAUGCUACAGUAUCUACAGUCAUUGCAUUUGUGUUUGUCGGUGCGGCUUAUGGUGUAUCAGCCCUGAUUUUCUUCGCCCAGCGCCACCAAAUAUUUUUCCUUCUCCAAUCAAUCUUCAUCCCAUAUUCAACGAUGAAUCUGCUUGCGCUUCUGAAUACCCUGUUCCACAUCCUCGGACAAAGCCUGCAAAUGAACACACUGUUGAUUGUGAUUAUUUGCCUACCCACUACUUUCUCAGUGUGCUACGCUCUCGCUGGAAUCUUGAUAUAUCGAGAGUAUGGUCGUCACCAAGCGGAGGAAGGCACGCCGCUACUCACUGACGAGGAGAUGCAACGUCGCCAGCUGCUUCGUUUGUUGGGGGAACGAAAUGUCAGUGCGCCAUCACCAGAACUUGUGCGGAAUACUUAUCGCUUCGAUUUACCUGAGGGUGAAACGGCGCAGAAAAACCGGAAUAAUUUGACUACGUGA